AUGGCGGCUCACACGUCCAGCGGAAAGGAGCCCGUCAUGGCCAACGCCACGAGGCACGAGCACGACGAAGCCAGACGCGAUGGAUAUGUUCCGCAACAAGCAAAUACGUGGACCUCCGAAGACGGCACGCUGUACAGAGCGGGUCAGUAUUCGGAACUCCACACCACAGAGAUCGUUCCUGCGAAGACCGGCGAUGAGCCCCACGUCAACGACCCAGAGCCAUUCACCGACAGGCCUACCUCAGCAGGCACGGCAUACAGUGGCACCAUCGUCCUUGAUGAUCAAGAAGACGAGGAGGCCUUCCUCGGCACGAUGACCGCAACGCCCGUGAAGGAGCGAGUGGAAGAAGAGAGGCACGAUGCUGCGAAUGGCCAAUGGCUUUGCUUACAGAAGGAACCAAUCGUAGUGCAAGCAACUCCCCACUUCUCGUGGUCCAAGGCCACACCCAACCAGAUGGAUCUCACGGGCGCUCGAAGGAUACCUGGGAAGGCACAGCCACGGAACGAGCAAGUCCGAGACAAUGCUCAGGUGACAAUUCAGAACACAGAUGACGACGUCGUUGAGAUGCGGGAUGUGGACGCAGACCAGAUAUGCAAUCCGCCCCAAGAUCAGCAAGGGCCAGUGCAGAAGCAACAAACGCCGGCAGCUCCUGCAGAUGGCGAAGUGAGGAUGCCAAAGAAGAAGCGCACCAAGCAUCAGCAGAGACAGAUGCCGGUGUUGGCGCAGGAGCAACCUUCUCUCGACUCAAUCCGCGACCGUGGCCCUCAUCGAGGAGCUGUCGAGCCGCCUCAACCGACUCAGGUGGCCACCGAAGCACAAGAGUCGCUCGCAGAGGAUCGUGGUGAAGUGCAGACUUUACAGCAUGACGAUGUCCAAGGCCUUGCCAGCACAUACUCUCCACACGACCAGCUUCGCGACGACCAUGAAUCAGCAGCACAAGUGCAGCAUGCCGAGCAGGAAGCUGAGCAGGCCGUCUCCGCCACAACUCCACCGCCCACGGAUCAGGGCUCUCUGGAUGCACAGAGGCCGUCGCCAGCCCAGUUUUUUCCCCCGGGUCACUCGGCUCUCCGUGAAGCACAUCAAGACGGCAGCGCUGGAGCUGUGGCUGCACCCACCAGUCACCCCAACGGCGGACAUCAACAAAACUUGACGGCAGGCGCAAGGAAGCGCAGGGUUCGAAAGGCUCGAGCGCAGCCUGCGGUCGCCCCCGCCGAAUCCUCCAAGAUGAACGAUCUGCUUCACAUACUUGCAUACGAGGCACGGCAGAUCGAACAGAGAAGUGCCGCAAAGCUCGAGGCUGCCGAGAUUCAGAAGGCCGAGGACCAGCAGAAGGCUCAGAGCGUGUUGCAGCAGUUGGAAGAAGACCUUGCCGCUGCUCUCGAGGAGCGAGACCAACUUGCGGCAGCCAUCGACAAGCACAACCAGAAGCUGGAAAAGUACGACGCACAGCUACCCAGGUUCAAGAUGUUCCUCGAUGGCAUUGGUACCGACCUGAACAAACUGCGAAACACUUCCAAUACGGUCCGCCGCAGCAGUGAAGCAUUGUCGAGCGGUUAUGCGAGCACCAAGCAGGAGCAACAGACCCUUGUGGGACAGCUCAGGACAUGUUCUGAGCGAGCAGUCAAAUUGAGAAAUGAGGCAAUGCAGAACUGCCGCGAACUCCAAGCGGAGCUUGAUGCAGCCAACCUACGCAGCGACUACCUCUCUCAGCAGCUCAACGAAAAGGCAGGGAUGCUGGCUGAAGAGCGUGACCGUCGUGCUCUCUUCGAAGGCCAGCUCGCUUCCGCGGGUCGCUCGGACGACAAGGUUCUCGCAGCAUUGAAGUCAAAUGCUAACGACAUCCUGGACAAACUGCACCUGGUCCAUGCUGCGUUGGAAACGAGUCAAUCAGACAAGACGAUAUCCGACCUGAUACAGCAGACAUCUGCGCUUGUGCAAGGCGUGAAAUCCGGAACGACAGAGGCAGUUGACCACAUCACGUCCGUCAAGGGGCUUGUGGAGACGUUGAGCGAAAGGGUGAACAAUCACAUUGAGGCGUCUAAUGCUGCUGCUGCGCUCGAACCUGAGCACUUUGCCAAGACGUUGCAGACUCAGCUGGACGAGUCUUUUGGCAAGCUGAAGGCAGACAUCAGCCAGACCGAGAACCUGCUGCAACAGGAAGCUGGUCAUCGGGAGACCAUCAGUGCCCUUCGAGAGCAGCUGAAGUCCUCUGAUACUCGCAUCAGCGAUCUGGAGUCUCAGGUUUCUGCUACCCAGCAAUCGGCAGCAGAGCUAAGGCAACAGAAUGGCGUCCUCCAGAAGAAGCUCGUCGCGGUGGAGUUCACGCCGCCUCCUGCUACAGUCAACCAGCCAUCGCCACAACACAACUCGGCAGUUGAGCUUGAAGCGGUGAAAGCUGCUCUCCAGUCAGCCAAGGCAGAAGUGGCCAGCAAAUCCGAGGAGCUUUCUGCUCUGGUCUCUAAGAAUGUCAGCAUUGAAGACCAGGUCACCACUCUACAGAAACGCUUGGGAGAGCUUCAAGCCCAGGCGGAAGACCAUGGCCGCGAGCGUGAGGAUCUCCUUCGCAAGGCCAAGCACGACGAGGGCAACAUUCGGCAAGAGAUGCGGGAGCACGUUGAGCAAGUAGAGCUCAAGGCGAAGGCUGACGCAAGAAACGAGUUGAAAAAGCUCUCAAGCGAGCGUGGUAGACUGCAGGACCAUGUCGACGCAUUGAAGGAGAACCAGAGAGCAUCCGCAGCACAGAUCAAACAACUGCAACUGAGCCAGAAGGAUGGCGAUGCCAAUCAGCGUGAAGUUGAUCGCCUCAACAAGCUCAUCGAGUCUCAGAAGCACGAAAUCGCCACCCUGCAGAGCUCAACUACCAACCUGCAGGAUGCUAUACAGCGAGAGAGCACCGCUAACGAGAAGGCGACCACACUCUCCGAACAGCUUAUAGCCGAGCAAACGAAGGUACAAGCUGCCGUUGCGGAACAACUUGGCCUGGCGAAGGAGGUCAGUGAGCUUCAGACCGCUCUCAACGACUCAAAGCUUCUCGAGCAGAGAUCCAAAUCCGAGCUGGAAAAGCUGCGUUCGGACAGUGACGCUUCGCAUAAGGCCCUUGAGCGUGCAGCCGCCGAAGCCAGGGAGGAAGCCAAGCGGGCGGUUGCAGGUCACGAGAUCCUCAAGGCGUCCUGCGACAGCACCGUCAAGGAUACUAUGAGCAAAGCUCAGCGCAAUAUUGAGUCGCUGCAGACGGCGCUAGCUGAGUCGAAGGCAGAGACUCAAGCAGCCAAAGCCGAAGACCUGAAGUAUCGCGCCGAGGUUCAACAUGGCUGGAAACAGGAGGAGGAGAAUCACAAGCAACAGGUUGAGAAUCUUGAGCAGAAGAUUGCCGAAGUCGAGCAAGAGAGGGAAGAGGCCCAGGAGGACAUCAAGCGAGUCCGCAUCGAGACCAGUGCUGCCAUUGAAUCUCAACGUAAAUCGCUUCUUGACCAGCUGAGGCAGUUGCGCGAGCGUGCUGAAGCAGCAGAGGCGGCCAAGGCAGAACUUGAAGAAGCUCAGUUGGCUGCCUCACGACUCGAGCAACCGAUGAGCAGUGGUAUGACUCCGAGUGCGACAAUCAAGCCCAGAGAUCCAAACCGACCACGGAAGAAGGCAGAUCGCAAUUCCAACACCCUGACUCAAGUCAGUCCGAUUCCAGCACCUGAGGACAUCCGACCGCAUUCCAACAGGGCGGCUCCGACGGGCAGCAAGCCGCAAGCCUCAGGUCCAGUGGUUGAAGAUUCGCAGGUUGUGUCUGACCCCUUUGCCGUCCAGCUUGCCGCUGUGGAGAGCAGGCAGUCGUCUCUGUCACCAGAGGACUACGAUAUCCUCACCAUCCGAGAGGAAGGGACGGCUCAAGCACCGCAGGUUGUGGAGGAGACGCAGUUCUUCGACGUGCAGUCAACUUUCCCUGAAUUCUUCAGCGAGCCUGCAUCCCCAGUGCAGUCCCAAAUCCAGCAAUCAGCCUUGAACGCUGCCUCGACGACCCUCCUAUCUCCACUGGGGAGGACGCUGAACAGUGUGCAUGCGGGUGGAAACUUUCAGAUCCAUGAGGACAGCCAACCAGACGCUGAAUCGACGAAGGGCUCAGACCCAAACAAGGUUACUAGCAGCUUUUUCAUGAGCCAGGCUGAGCAGGACCAGUAUACGUAUAAGAGGCCACUCCCACCGCCGAACAGCUCCUCGAAGCGAGCACAGCCACCGCCUCAGUCUUCGCACACGCUGCAGGGCGACUCGUACCCACGUGACAAUACCUCCGGCGUCCGUCGUUACCAGACACCUGUUACCAUGGGCGCACCGAAUUCCUCUCACUCAAGCUCACCCGGCUUCAUGAAUGACAGCCAGACCAAUGCUCGUAAGCUGAGUACCUACCAAGCGCCUGGAAACAGCGGCGGCAAGCACAGGCAGUCGCAGUCUCACUCCACCACCACGGUUGAUCCUCGACUCGCGGCUCGCAACUCCUCCACGAACCAGAAGAGAAAGUCUGAGGGUCAGAUCGUCGAGGGCUACGAGCCGGAGCGGAAGAAGAGAGCUUCUGCCGCUACUGGUGCCGGUGGCCGCUCCACGCGCUCCAACGCUCAGUUAUCUAUCGCGUCUAUGUCAGCUGGGCCACGCGGAUCCUCUCAGUACGAGUCGAGCGUCCCUCGCACCUCGUCGCACAUGCGCACGCUUGGUGGCGCGAGCUCCCGCACUACUCGUGCCAACAGGAAGGUUUCGAAGAGUGAGUGA